CGUACCCGUGCGAUGCACAAGCUAUUAAUUGACAUAUAAGUACUCGAUGUUUUGAAUGAGGAAAAAUCUUACAAAAACCUAAAGGAUUACAUAAAUAAAAAGAUAUUAAGAGAGAGAGAGUUUUGGGAGUGUUAUAAGUUUUGGAACAUUUCUUUAUCAACAACAUUCGUAGUUUGGUUACAUGAAAGAAGGACAUGGGUUUUGUACUGAACACAUUGCCCGAAACAUGCGUGUUAAAUUCAAAGGUCCGAAAGAAGACCUAACCGGGAAGUUUAGGAAAGCAUCACGUGCAGCAACAGAGUUGGAGUGCAAGGAGUAUCAACAAAUGCUGGAUGAGCAAGACCAUAGAACACGGGCAUACCUGUCCAAAAUUGGUCAAACAAGAUGGGCACGCUGUAAAAGUGGGCAACACCGGUACUCCGUACUGACUUCAAAUGCUGCAGAAUCAAUGAACAAUGUCAACAAUUCGGCACGCGAAUACCCUAUUUGCAAGCUAGUUGAUUUCAUUCGCGAAAGGAUGCAGAAAUGGUUUCAUGAACGGUUUGAAACAGCUUCAUCUACCGCAACCAUUCUACCAAGGAAGCUUGAGUCGGAGUUAAUAACACUACAACGUGAUGCAUUCAAGAUGAAGGUACAACAGAAAGAACACUGUGAUGCUGGCAGCAGAUGGGGCGAGAAUGUCGGGAUGGAUGUGACAAGUUAUGAUGAUUGGAAGAUCAUGAUGGAAGCACAUCUCUACGCUCUACAUGAUUGCAUGUGGAUGGUGCUGGAAGAUGGACCUCUGAAGAUUCAAAUGGAGAAUCCAGAGAGGGAUCCAAAGAAUCCAGACGUAGUCCAGUACAUUCCAAAGCCCAAAGAGAAAUGGGAUCAUAAAGAUUGCAAAAAGCACAAUCUGGACAAUGUCGCCAAAGCAGCCAUCUUCAAGACACUUGAUCCCAUCACCUUUUCAAAAAUCAAACAUCUCAAGACUCCCAUGGAAAUAUGGCAAGGUCAUGGGAAGCUGUGUGAGGGAUCAGAGGAUCUGAGAAAGCAAAAGAUAGAGGUUCUUCUUGAGAAGUUCAAAAGCUUCAAAAUGCUUCCCGAGGAAUCAUUUGACAUGCUGGAUGAAAGAUUCCACAAGAUUCUAAAUGAUCUUGCAUUACUUAACCACGUUCUUUCUCCCAAAGAAAAGAAUGUAAGGUUACUGAGGUCUCUUCCGGCUGUGUGGUACACCAAAGCCACAGCCAUGGAAGAAGGAAGAAAUCUGGAGAACUACAAUGUUCAAGCAAGCGAAGGAACAUGCCCAAGGAGCUGUGACACUCCUUCCACCAGCCAACCACCAAGCUCAAAAAUGGAGAACUACGAGGUGGAGCUUGAAAUGAUGAUCAAGGAAUUCCAGAAGUUCAAGAAAUUCUUCAAGCAAACUGACGCAGUCAGAAGGCCAUCCAAGGGAAAGCUACAGGUAAGCAACUCCCCUCCUGAAUCAUAUCUCUGUUAUAACUGCAGGAAGCCUAGCCACUGGAAGUCAGCUUGUCCGUACCCAAAGGUGGAAAAGUACGGAGAAGGAGAAAGGAACGAGAAGAAGAAAAAGACAAUGGUAGCAGCUGAAAGUGACGAUUCAUCCAAUUCAAGCUCGGAUGAAGAAGCCCUCGUCUGCAUGGAGCGCAGAGCUGAGAAAUCCAACCAUGAAGAUUGUUGGACAAUGUCAGAAGAUGACACUCUUUGCCUAAUGGCCAAAGAUGAUGCUGAUCUAGAGGUAACUUCACAAACCUCCUGCUCAUCUUCAUAUGAAAGCACACCAACUUCUGAAAAUCUCUUUGAAAAGUUCAAAAAGAUGAUGAAAGAUUUUGAGGAAAUUAAUCUCAAACACUCAUCCUUAACAGAGGAGAACAAGCUAUUAAGCGAAGAGAAUCUCAAGUUGACUGAAAGCCGGAAAAGUCAACUAAAUGAGAUUACUCAACUCAAAGCUGAGAAUGAAUCUCUCUCUGAAAAGAACAUCUCCACAAAUGAAGUCAUUCUUACUCGCAAGAGAAUCAGGAACAUCUACGAAGUAAUGUGGGAUGACGUCAAGGAAGCAUGCCUAAUCAGCAAAGACAAAGAUGAAGAAGUCAAUGAAGGAGACAUAAUGAAGCCAACGGAGUUCAUUCCAUUCGGAAGUCUACCAUUGAAGACUUCACGGAGAAGUCCGGAUUCAGACAGCGCUGAGCCUACCAAAAAUCAUGGCCAGCCUUCCGAAAUCCCGGAUUUCUCACAUGGCGACAAUUCCAGAAACGAGAAAAUGAAGGUUGGAGGAGCAACUAUUCACUUCAAGAAAUUGGAAGCCAAAUGCUCCUCACCAGCAUUCUACGAGGCAUAUUUGGAAAUGAUUGGAGCACAAGAACUCGUCGAAUUUCUUCAUCUGGAAAUUUCUUUCAAGUAUGAAGAAGAAGUUCUUGAAUUCUACAAGAAUGGAAGAAUCUCUACCAUUCAAUCCAAGAAGAAUCCACAAAGGUCGAUUCAAGUCAUUGAAUCAACUAUUGGAGGCACCGCAGUGAAGUUCUCACAGAAGAAGAUGAAGAAGAAGCUCCAUCUUCCCUACUCUGGAAUUGACAUUGGGAAGCUCUCGUCCAAAAAUCUGGACUGGAACACAAUUAGGAUUUCUGGACAAAUCCCCUCUGGCCCAGCAAAGAAGGCCGAUUUAAAGAAUGACUACAAAUUAGUCUUGGAGCUGAACCAACCACAGGACAGUCCUCAAGAUCUUAAUGAGGAAAUGUAUCAAGACCAGAAUCUUCCAUCUCCUUCAUCACAAGCUCUUGUUGAUGAAGUAGACAAAUUCAUGAAGCUCUACUAUGUUUGGAGAGCUUGGAAAAUUGGAAACUCUGUAGAUCAUCAGUUGCUUGAAUGGGAUCAACAACUGAAAAAUGAGAAGAUCAUCAAGAGGUGUCUGGGACUGCCAAUCAACUGUGUUUACUUGGAAGCUGAAGUAGAGGAUUUCCACGUUUUUACGAAAAUCUCCCCUGCCCUUCACAUCAAUCUUACUGAAGCUGUCCAGGAGAAUGCAGCCACUCCUUACUCUUCCACAUCUAUCUUUCCGGAUGAGAUGCUGGAAUCCUGGACCAGGAAGGUCCAAGGGCUGAUUGAGUCAGCCCUGGAGUCACAGAAAUCCUCAUUCAGGCAAGACCUAGAGAAGGUAAAAAUGGGACACAAUGAAAUUCUGGAGAAGACUGAAGAAAAGUAUAGCUCAAACCUCAAGGAGAUAAGCCAAUCUAUCAACAAGACCCUUGAGAUUAUUUCCAUGUUCAGCAACUUAGUGAGCAAUUCCAUGAUAGCCUAUGCCUCUGACUGCCAUCUUCAACUCAAAGAAGCUAUGGAGAUCAAUCAGCAGAUUGCCACUAUCACAGCCAGUCUUCAGAAGCAAAUGUCAUUUCUCCAGAUGGACAUCAGGUCAGCCCUGGCAGUGUCAUCAGCAAAUCAAGUGGUCACCCUGUUGGAGUUGGUGCCCUUAUGGCCAACUGCUGUUGUAAUAUCUUAGAUAUUUUUUAUCAUGUAAAGGCAGAUGCAACAAGUUUACAAACACCUCAUUCUAUCGUAAACUCUUAAUUGCAUUCCUAGAAUUAUAGUAUAAUAUGUUUAUCAGAAUGAGUCUUCUGAUGUUGAGACUAACAUCUUGUCACUUAGUAUAAUUCUAAACGGUCUAUAGUCGAAGCAUUAACGAGAGUCGGAUAUCGUUAGUGCGUGUGAGACUAGUGAGAGUUGGAUGUUUGACCUAGUCUCUUGGUCAAUGACGGAGUGUUCGCAUCUACUCUCGGGCAGAUAUUAUCAUUAAUAAUAGGAUGCCAGACCU